AUGAGAGAACGCUACACUACCGAAAUGCUCUCCUACGACUCCUCCUCCGACACCACAGCUUUCCCCGACCACAGAACAAGAAGCAACUCAGAUUCCAUAUCCCACUGGAUCUCCAACCUCCUCUCCCGCUCCCGCCGCCCAACACCCCCAAAGCGCCUCCCCAAAUCCCGCACAAGCUCAGAAGAACCACCCUCAAAAGAGCGCUUCUCAUCCGACAUCGAAUCCCAAUCCAGCACCAGCACCCUCUUCCCCAACUCCUCCUCCUCCCAACCCCCCAACCCCUCCUCCCGCCUCGACCCAAGAAUCAUCUCCGACGUCAUAAUCGGCCUCUCAGACGGCCUAACCAUCCGCUUCGCCCUCACAGCCGGCCUCUCAACCCUCUCAUCAACGCGCGUCGUAAUCUUCGCCGGGAUGGCCGAACUCACCGCCGGCGCGAUUUCCAUGGGCUUAGGUGGCUACCUCGCCGCGAAAAGUGAAGAAGAAUCUUACACAGCGACGCUGAACGAUACGCGCAAAGGAGUCGCGUACGGGUCCGUGGACGCAGUGACUUCGAUACGAGACAUCCUUGAACCCUAUGAUCUUCCCCCGGCCUUGUCUGAGGAUCUGACGUACCAUUUAUCGAAAUCUCCGCAUUUGGUGCAGUUUCUCAUGCACUUCCGGCAUAACACGCCAGAACCGGCGGCGACGAGGGCGGUGACGAGUGGGUUGACGAUAGCGUGUGGGUACUUCCUUGGAGGCUUGCUUCCACUACUUCCAUACUUCAUGGUAGGGCAAGAUGAGGUGAUGUUGGCGCUGUGGUGGUCGUUCGUCUUCAUGGCCGUGAGCUUGUUCGCGUUCGGGUAUUGCAAGACAUGCUUCGUGUCCGGAUGGCAUGGAGGGAAGAACGUUUGGGCAGGGACCAGGGCUGGCGUGCAGAUGAUGCUGGUGGGAGGAGCUGCGGCGACGUGUGCGAUGAGUCUGGUGAGGGUGUUUGACUCGUUAGGCUCGUGA